ACGUGUAUCGUUUGUGAAUGCAGGCAGGUGAUUGAGGGUUUGCUAAUGUCUGAAAAAGUGGUAAUGGCAGCGGUGGUGUCAUGAUGGACGGUUUUCGGCAUGCGAGAAAGCCAUAAAGACGGGCCUGCGCCCGAGUGUCGCGCCAGGAAAAUCAAUGCAUGCAUGCAUAUCUUUCUUCUUCAUACGCUAACGUGUUGGUAGUAUCGAGUAGCUAGUGAAGUGUAGUAUUCCCCCAGCGCCCUCCCUUUCCCCUCGGCGCCUUCCCUUUCCCCUCGGCGCCCUCCCUUUCCCCUCGGUGCCUGACGCGAGGGGAGCUCGGGUCGACCGCUCUGCACAGGCCCUCCCUCGCUCGUCGCUGGACGGAGGCAGCGCGCUCGGCCGCGAGCAGCAGUCAGUGCCGCGCGGGCUGUCUCCACGAGCGCACCCCACUUCGUCCGUCCCGCCCGUGAAAUUCAGUGUCGUAUUUUGUUAUAAAAAAGGAAAGUUCUGAGUUGUAGAUAAAAAGAUCCCAAAGACUUGGACACCUUUAGCGUCUUCCCCCAAAUCGAAAGACUUGAUAUGCGAGAUGUAUAGCGUCUCUGGCGGCGCGGAUCACACGGGGAAGCCGCUCUGAAUCUGCGGUGCUAUUAUUCCCGCAUUGUCGCUGAUUGGACCACGCGAACUCGGGUAAUGCGAGAAACAUAGACACUGCUCGAGUCCGUACCAUGAAAGGGUACAGCAUGGUACACCAACACCACGCCACGCAAUGGAGUGGAGGCUGAUGCAUCAGUGGAGAUGGAACAGCGGCACUUUGUGCACGCCUCACUUGACUACGUAUUUCUGCUGCAGGAGGUCCAGGAGAGGAAGAAGUUUGAGUUUGUGGAAACGUUAUUGAGUUACAUGUAUGGUUGGUUGACAUUCUAUCAUCAAGGCCACGAAGUGUUCAAUGACUGUAGCCCUUACAUGCGUGAUCUACAAGUUCGAGUACAAAGGACCCGAGAGAACUUCUUAGCAACCCGCCAAGAGUCAGUGUCCCUGAAGAACAAGAUGCUGGAGGUGCGUAAGACGAAAUCAAUGGAUCCAGGCAACAUGGACAAAAUGUACACUCGACAAGGAUAUCUCUUCCUGAUGGAGAAAAAUGACGUCAAACCUUCACCUGCAUCUUUUCCUUUGUUUGUUUUUCAAAAGGCAUUUGGGACGACCUGGACCAAGCACUAUUGCCUUUAUCAGAAGGAGAACCGUGUCUUCACAAUGAUCCCCUACAACCAGAUACAACACAAAAUUUGCAAAUUUACUUCAACGGAGACCAUAGUACUCAAGUCUUGUGUCCGUCGAAUGUCAGACAGCAUAGAUAAGAGGUUCUGCUUCGACUUGACGGCGCAAGACAAGCCUGGUGUCCUCUACACUCUGCAGGCACUGUCAGAGGAAGAUCGCAAGCACUGGAUGGAUGCCAUGGAUGGGAAAGAGCCUAUGUAUGCGCACCCAAGUGGAGGUGUUGGAUCACAAGAAGAAACCUCCCUAGAUGAAGUUGGAUUGAAUUUUACUUCACGAGCAAUAGCAAUGCUUGAAAGUAGAGGGCUGGAGGAUCAAGGUUUGUACCGCUUGGUUGGUGUCUCCAGUAAAGUAUCAAAGCUUCUUGCAUUGGGCCUGGACCGGCGAAAAUCAGAGAAGCUGAUGCUUGAUGACCCAGCUGAGUGGGAGGUGAAAACCAUCACAUCUGCCAUUAAGCAGUACUUCCGUAAUCUUCCGGAACCCCUCAUGACAUACAAGCUUCACAGUGCCUUCAUUGCUGCUGCAAAGCAAGAUCGGUUGUUUCAGCGUGUAAAUGAGAUCCACAGUUUGGUUCAUAAGCUGCCUAAGACAAAUUUCACUGUUCUUAAGACCCUCGUUCAGCAUUUAGUAAAUGUGUCCAGUAAGAGCGAAAAGAAUUUGAUGACUGUUAGUAAUCUUGGUGUGUGCUUUGGGCCAACUUUACUGCGACCAGAAGAGGAGACUGUAGCUGCCAUUAUGGAUAUUAAGUUCUGCAAUAUUGUUGUUGAAAUCCUCAUUGAGCACUAUGAUAAGAUAUUUAAUACUGUCCCGGAGCCUCUUGUGGAUGUGAACAGAGUGACAGAGGGAAAGACCUCACCCAAAUCAUCUCCUCCUCCUUCAAAUAACCACACCAGUGCUUCCCAGUCUUCUUCACACACAUACUCAUCCUCUAGUGCUCCAAAACAUAUGCCAGUCUUACAGAAGGUUGUGACAUCCUUUACAACAAGUGAACCCCAGACAGUGCACUUUGGUGCGCCAUCAAGUCUUCCCCCGCACCUCCAACGUUCAGAUGCGUCAUCCAACCUCAAGACUCAGACAACACCUUCUGGGGUUGGGUCAGGUCUCCACACACAUGUACCAAGUGUAUAUGCAAAUGUCCCACCUCCACCAUCUGCUACACAUCACUGGAGCAACUCACCUUCUUUGUCUAGUCUUAACUCUGGCUUAAACUCAGGACUCAACUCACACAGUUCACUUGUUUCACUGAGUUCAGCUGUAGCAGCUUCCGUUGGUGUAGGAAGUAUGUAUGAAGCUGGGCAGAAUAAUCGACCAGCGCGGCCUCCUGCUCCCACUAAUGGUCAAGCCAGAGCACUGUCCUUUGUGAACCCUUUGUCUGAUCGGAGCGAUGGAGUUCAGAGUACCAGCAGCUCGAGCGAGUCCCUGUCAUCGCGGUCAUCCCGUGAGUUGACACAACCUCCCUCCAGCUCCCUCUCCUCCUCACCGCAGACAAGUAAGAGGUUUCCCCCCCAUGUCGUGGCUCCUCCCAAGCUGGGUGCUAAUGGCCCUCACCGAGAUCUCCGUGUGCAGCAGACAAACCAUUAUGCGUUUAACAACAGCACUUGGUAUGUACCACUUUCAGGUGCACGACUGGGGACGGCGUACCCGCCCACGUACCGGCAACACAUGGAAACUCUGUGCAAGAGACAAUCUCUGGAGUACCUCUACUCAUCUAUGAAUUCGAUCAGCGGGUCGCAGUCCACAUCAAGUCUACUGGCCCCAACCAGCUCUUCUCCGCCACCUUCUGCUACUUCGAAUGGGACGGCCAGUUCUCCUCCAAGACGUGUGAGAACGCUGUAUGCAUGUGUAGGAGAAAAUGAGUCUGAGCUUUCCUUUGAGCCCAAUCAAAUCUUAUGCAAUGUUCGGCCAUCCCGAGAACCAGGCUGGCUAGAAGGAACCCUCAAUGGCCGCACUGGUCUUGUUCCUGAAAACUAUGUAGAAGCAGUAGAUGAUAAACCUCCUCCUCCUCGACUUCUAGCCCAGAGAAACACAGAUGUGUAAAUCUAUGAGAAACAUUCAUAAUUUAGUAGAUAUGAAGUGGAUGUAUUAACUUAGGCUUCAUAUCUUUGAAACUGUAGUGUGUCUUAUGUUAUACCAGGGUGACAUAAUGCAUAUUGUUGACCAAUAAUAUGUGUGUAUGUGCGUAUGUGUGUGCAUAAGGUAAAAUGCUGUGCUUGCAGUGUUGUACUACCUGCAGGGAUAUAGCAUUGCCUUUCAGAGAAUAUACUUUUGGCCUUAGGUACUGCCAGAAUGAAAGCUCCUUAUCAUGAGCUGCAGAAGGGAAUCUUAAGCCAUAUCCAGUUCUCAGACUGAUUGAUAUAUAUUUUUUUUUUAGUAUAGUACUAUCUCCCAACUCCAGGCAAGUGAGUUAUGUGCAGGGAAGGAUACAACAUGCAUCAGGAGUGUGCUGUGACAGGAUGUGCUUAUUCAAAUGGACAUGGAAUCUAUAAAAAUGGAAAGGUUACAUUGUCAUUUUGAUAGUGGGAGAAUAUAGCUCCCUUAUUUAGCAUAUUCAGUUGUCACAACUCAUUACUGGAGUACCAAUAUAUAUAUCAUUUAUGGUUAUGUCUAGAGCCAAAAGGAAUGUUGAACUUAUAUUUAAAGAAAAAAAACAAAAAUAUGGUGAUGUUUGUGGAGGGAGCCUGAGGAGCAUAUCCAUGUAUCAGUGAUGACCUAGUCUGAACCAAACCUACUUGGAGAAUGUAUAUUUAACAUAUUUUAUAUAUCACCUCUUUGUACAUUUGAAUUAUUUGUAAAUAUUGUUUCAUUUUAAUAGAAACAGUAUAUGAACAUAUUUUUUUCUUCUGUCUACAAGAAAGAUUUUGUUUUCUUUUGUCUGUUUCAGGUUUUUAUAUCUUUGUUAAACAAAUAUUGUUUCUUAAAACCUGUGCUGUAUCAUAAAAAGACAAACAUAGAUUAGUUUAGUAUUCAUUCAGAUUUUUUCUGAUUUUACCUGCCAUGCAUGAUUCUUUUGUUUCUAAACAGUUCAGUAAUAAUAGUGCAUAUAUAGGUAAUGAUCAAUAAGACUAGGAUUUGUAAGCAGCUAGUCAAGUGCAGUUCAAUUUUUGAAAACAGACAGGGAUAUCAAAGCAAAAUGAGUUUACAGAACUUGUAUUGGGGCUUGAAACUGAAUUAAUUUCUUGAUGUCCAAUAUUAAAAUCAGCCAAAUGUGAUAUAAUUAUCUUUCCAAAUACACACCCCUCAUUAAAAAAAAAAAAAAAAAUCCUUUGAAAGCAGUGCCUUUUUGCAUAGUAUCCUUCAAAGGUUUGCCAUCCAAAUAUAUUGAUGAUUUAUUAUGCAUUAAAUACAUGGGAAUAAUCAGAAAGGACUGAUGGCAGCAUUAAGAUGGAAAAAGAUGGAAAUCCAAUAGGUACAAAAUAUUUUGCUUGCAUUCAAGUCAUCAACUCAUUUCUGGUUAAGUGUUGAAAGGAUAUUUCCUUUUCUGCCAAAUCUUCUACUUUGACAAGAAAAUAAAGAAAUUGAAGUCAAACAUAAUAGAAUAAGACACUGAUGAAUUUAGAAUCAAAAAUUAGAUGGUGUUGGUGCUUAACUGACAAGUAUCAACAUCAGAAUGGUGGAACACACAGUGUAAAUAAAAGAUUAUUCAGUCCGUCCCCUUUUAUUUAUUCUCCAACUGCAUAAUUUAGAAAUAACAAAUGAAAUGGUUUUACACAAAUUCAGUACUUCCUUAUACAGAGUCCUUUUGUGGCUUUGUCACUGGUGGCUGUGUAAAUUUCAUGAACUUUCCAAAAGAGUAAACAGGGGAGGAAUCAUCACUGCAUUUACGAAAGUUUUGGAUGCGGCAUAAUGUUGAGUUUCGUAGUUACUGUUUCAAGGACAUCAGGAUAUACUUGGCUUUGAGCCCCAACAGGCUAUUGAUCUUUACAUGUUAUCAACCUUGUCCACAUAAAAAUAUAAUCUUUCCGUAGAUCCGCAAUGUCCUUGAUUGUUAAACAAAUCUUGGAAGUGCCUCGUUUGUACAUGGAAAAUGGAGAAGUAAAACUAUGUGACCUAUAAAUCCGCCAGUUUCCAAUCGAGAUUCUUUUCUUUUUCGUUUAGAGACCACAAUAACAUGCUCUAUGAUAACCUUAGAUUUAGAUAGCCACAGCAUACUGUUUGCUCCUGUGAUCAUAAUAUGCAAUGGUGAUACUACUGAAAUGAAUUCAGCAUUAGUAGAGACUUGUAUUUUUCAUUUUGUAAUCUGUAACCAGUGGAAAUAUUGAAAAGCAUAAUAAUGGUAGUGGACAGAAGGGGCAGAUCAUAUUUUGUUGCUGUUUACAUUCUGAGGUGUAUUUGCAAUGUCAGUUACUUUUAUAGUAUUAUAAUAAUUAUUAUGAUUAUCUUAUUAUUAUUAUUUUUAUUUUUUAUUAAAAGAAAAAAAAUGGAUGGUUUGUGUAACAAUUGGGAACAUUCUUUUUACUGGAUUUGGAGGAAGGAAAAGAGGAAUGAAGAAAAGUCUUUUGUUCUAGAUUGUGUGGAAUGGUGAGAUGAAGUUUAGUUUUUUUGCAUUUUACAUAUAAUAUAUAUCCAAAACCAGCUUGUGUCAUUUAUAGCUAAUUCAAAAAUACUUAAGGCUAACUAGUUUUCUUUUCCACUGCUUGCUUAAGAAAAAGUACAAGACAAAAUUGAAGAAGAAAGCAUUGCAAUUGUAUCUGCUACCCUUUUCAUUCAGAGCUUUUCACCCAUUUUUAAGUUGUGCAAUGCUACCAUCUUCAUCAGCUUCUGGAAGCAUAUACAUGGAAGAAAAUGUAUUACCUUUACUGCUGAGAGGAAGAUUUACCCAUAAAAGUCCUUUAUUACAUGAGCAGUUUGUGGUAGCAGUAUCAUCAGUGACAUGAUGUGGAAGGCCGGUAUGAACUAUGCAAAGUAUACAAACUGCUUAUCAUAAUGCACCCGACUUUACAAGUGCAAAUGUCAGAUUUUAGAUUAACCUUUGCAAUCUAGCAAAAAAAUCUCAUGUGAAGUAGGGAUAAGGUGUAGAGGCUGCUGUUGAUCAUAUUAUUAAGUUCAGUAUAUUAUGACAUGUAUUUUCCUUUAUAUCUUUAGGUCAGUGCCAUUCAUGUAUAAUUUUUUCUUUUGUUAAAAUUUGUAAUCUAGUGUGAUACUGUCCUGUUUUCUGAAUGUGUUAUAUGCACAAUAAUUUACAUUUCAUCAUAUAUUUCUCAUUAAAUACUGAAGAUAUUUUGAAAAGUUUAUGCUUCACAUACAUAGUUUUGUUUUCUUGAUAUUCAGUCUUUACCAAGUAAUGCAUUAUAUGAAGGUAUGCUGCAGAUUUGAUGGAAUUGUAAAUGAGAAUGAAAAUUCUGUUCUGAGUUGGAAGCUUGAAGGAUUGUAUAUUAUACAUUCAACAAUAAUGUUGCUCAAAAAGGAAGAAAAAAGAAAACACAUUAUUACAUAGAUACUUUAUUUUGAUGCAGUCCAAUAUUUGAAUACACAUUCCAUAACCAUGUUCCUACAAAUAUGCUAAUCAAAAUAUGGUAUACAAAAUAAAUGUAUUUUGAUUUUGGAUGUAAAGAUUUUGGUCAAAUGUAAAUAUGAUUAUGGUCUUUAAAAGGUGCAUUAUGUCAAUGCAGAUUCAUUCAUUCUUUAAACAAUAUUACCAACCCAGAGCACCUUUCAGUUAGAAGUCAGGUAAUGUGGAAGAAAUCUUUAAGACAUGUUAGACAAGCAAUAACAAACUUGUUAUUUAAAGGUAAGCCAUACAUUCAAGUAAUGGGUAUUGUUAAAAGUUCAUUAGAUUCUGAGAGAAAAAAAAUCACCUCAGUAUUAAAGUUAUUGAUAUAGUUUUAAAUGAGUUAAGAAUGAAACAGCAUAUAAGUUACUGUUAAAGAAGAUUAUGUGUAAGUAGAGACUUCUUCACCAUAGUAAUGAUAUGGAAAGUUCUGGCAUCAGUUAGUGAUGCUUGUCAGUAUAUAAAAAGAUUUCAAGGUCUGUUUGAUUGUAAAUAAGAUGUUAGUUCAACUGUACACUGACAUGCACCAUGAUAUGUAUAUAAUAGAUUUACUGAUAAUGACGCAUACAUGAUACUAUUUUAAAAUAAAUGUCCAAGAGGAAUAUAUGCAA